GGUGGGGUGUGCAGAGAGGGUAUAAAAGUGCUCCUGUCCCCAAAAGUCUCAUUCCCUCUCUUCUCUCCUCAUCUCUUCCUGCACGAGCAGCUCAGGUGACCCAGCACAGCACCAUGUGCUCCCGCCAGGACAAGGACCAGUGCCACCGGCAGCAGCGCCAGAGCAGCGGCGGCUGCCACAGCUCGGGGGGUGGCGGCUGCCACAGCUCCGGGGGCAGCUCCGGGGGCUGCCACAGCUCUGGUGGCAGCUCCGGCGGCUGCCACAGCUCGGGAGGUGGCGGCUGCCACAGCUCCGGUGGCGGUGGCUGUCACAGCUCCGGUGGUGGCGGCUGUCACAGCUCCGGUGGUGGCGGCUGUCACAGCUCCGGUGGCGGUGGCUGUCACAGCUCCGGUGGUGGCGGCUGCCACGGGAUGCCGCAGAUGCAGGGCCAGCAGCAGCAGCAGCAGCAGCAGGUGAUGCAGAUGCCGCAGCAGAAGAUGAAGUGACAGCGAGGCCCUCGCCUCGUCCCAGCUCCGGCCUUCGCUCCCUCCCACCUCCCGGGGGCUCCCAAAGCCUCCCCGGUGCCCUCCGGAGCCUGGCAAGGGCCGGGCUGGUGCUGCCCAGGCUGUGCCAAAUAAAGAGUCACAUUCCCUAAA